CUCGUCAAAAUCACAACAAUUAGUAUCCCGACAGAGUGACGAACCCGAGAAUUCGCUUUCUAGAGUUCAAUUUUAGCUUCAUAAUCUGCAUCUAUUUGAUUCUUUUGGAUUAAUCGGAUCAUCAAUGGCGCAAGAAGUGAACGGGUUCAAGUUGGAGCAGAGGCACGGGAAGGCGAGAGUGAGAGUGGGCAGAGUCUGGCGCCACACUCACGAUGGGUCUCAUCACUUUGUCGAAUGGAAUGUCAGUAUCAGCCUCCUCUCUCACUGUCUCUCCUCCUAUGCAAAUGAUGACAACUCUGAAAUUGUCGCCACCGAUACCAUGAAGAAUACUGUUUAUGCGAAAGCCAAGGAAUGCACGGAGCGGAUUUCUGCGGAGGAAUUUGCCAUUUCUCUUGGUAAACACUUUUGCUCAUUUUAUCCACAGGUUUUCACUGCCAUUAUUAACAUUAUCGAGAAGCCUUGGGAGCGUGCAACUGUAGGUGGAAAGCCGCAUAUUCAUGGUUUCAAGCUUGGAUCAGAGAUGCAUACUGCCGAGGCAAUAGUACAACAGUCGGGUGCAUUGAAGCUAACUUCUGGUAUCGAAGGAUUAUCUCUCCUGAAGACAACCCAGUCAGGAUUUGAGGGCUUUGUGAGAGACAAGUACACUGUUCUGCCUGAAACUCGCGAAAGAAUGCUGGCAACCGAAGUCAGUGCAUCGUGGAGGUACUCAUAUGAUUCGGUGUCAGCUGUUCCGGGAAAGUCACUCUAUUUCACUGAGAGGUACUCCGAGGUCAAGAAAGCCCUGAUGGAGACUUUCUUCGGCCGUCCAGAAGUCGGUGUGUAUAGCCCAUCGGUCCAACGCACUCUAUAUCUCAUGGGAAACACUGUGCUGAGAAGGUUCGUCGAUGUAUCGUCGAUCCACCUGAAAAUGCCGAACAUCCACUUUUUACCUGUAAAUCUCUCAAGCAAGGAAAACCCUUCAAUGGUGAAGUUUGAAAACGACGUGUUUCUACCGACGGAUGAGCCUCACGGAUCGAUAGAAGCAACGUUAAGCCGUCUUACGUCGAAAAUGUAAGGUAGGUAAGGCAGUUUGGUCUCCCUCCAGUGAGGAAGCAAAACAGAGCAAACUACUCCGUUUUUACAUAUUCUCCUGAUCAAUGCAACCUGCCGGCUUUUGUCUGAAUGAGGCGGCCAUUGUUAAGACGUUUUGGUGGCUCCGUGUUGUAAUGUUGUGUCGAAUUAUAUUAUAUUAUAUUAUGUCAGUUUACAGUUUGAUUAUGUUUUGAUUUAGUACUAAUUAUACAGACAUUGGAGGGAAACCCAAUCUUAGCUCAUUUAUAUU